AUGCACCGCUCUCUCCGCCUCGCGUCCAUCGCCUCCAAGGCCGCUGCGCGCCCGGCCCUCGCCCGCGCGUACGCCACCGCCAAGCCGGCCGCGUCCGAGGUCGCCUCCAUCCUCGAGAGCCGCAUCUCGGGCUCGACCGCUGGCGCUGAUGUCCAGGAGACUGGCCGCGUCCUCACCAUCGGUGACGGUAUCGCCCGUGUCUACGGCCUCCGCAACGUCCAGGCCGAGGAGAUGGUCGAGUUCGCCUCGGGCGUUCGCGGCAUGUGCUUGAACUUGGAGGCCGACAACGUCGGUGUCACCAUCUUCGGUAACGACCGUGCCAUCCGUGAGGGCGACACCGUCAAGCGUACCGGCAACAUUGUCGACAUCCCCGUCGGCCCCGACAUGCUCGGCCGCGUCGUCGACGCGCUCGGCAACCCCAUCGACGGCAAGGGCCCGAUCAAGGCCGCCGAGCGCCGCCGUGCGCAGGUCAAGGCCCCCGGUGUCCUCCCCCGUACCUCGGUCAAGGAGCCCAUGUUGACCGGACUCAAGUCGGUCGACGCCAUGGUCCCCAUCGGCCGUGGCCAGCGUGAGCUCAUCAUCGGUGACCGUCAGACGGGUAAGACCGCUGUCGCGAUCGACACGAUCCUUAACCAGAAGAGGUGGAACGAUGGCAACGACGACAAGAAGAAGCUUUACUGCAUCUAUGUCGCCGUUGGCCAGAAGCGUUCCACCGUCGCGCAGCUCGUGCAGACCCUCGAGGAGAACGACGCCCUCAAGUACUCGGUCAUCGUCGCCGCCACCGCGUCCGAGGCCGCCCCGCUCCAGUACCUCGCCCCCUUCGCCGGCACCGCCAUUGGCGAGUGGUUCCGCGACAACGGCAAGCACGCCCUCAUCAUCUACGACGACUUGUCGAAGCAGGCCGUCGCCUACCGUCAGAUGUCGCUCCUCCUCCGCCGUCCCCCCGGUCGCGAGGCCUACCCGGGAGACGUCUUCUACCUCCACUCGCGUCUCCUCGAGCGCUCGGCCAAGCUCUCGGACAAGCACGGCGGCGGCUCGCUCACGGCCCUCCCCGUCAUCGAGACCCAGGGCGGUGACGUCUCGGCGUACAUCCCGACCAACGUCAUCUCCAUCACCGACGGCCAGAUCUUUUUGGAGGCUGAGCUCUUCUUCAAGGGUGUCCGCCCGGCCAUCAACGUCGGUCUCUCCGUCUCGCGUGUCGGCUCGUCCGCCCAGACCAAGGUCAUGAAGGCCGUCGCCGGUUCGCUCAAGCUCUACCUCGCCCAGUACCGCGACGUCGCCGCGUUCGCCCAGUUCGGCUCGCUUUCUCUCCUCCUCGCUGCCUUCCCUUCGACCACCUUGAACAAUCACCUACGUGCGAUCUCCUCCGCCCUCGGAACGUCACGACUUCCCCUUCUCUCGUCGCCUCCUCGUCUUCCUCGACCUCUCCCGCUUGCUCGCCUCUCGCCGCCCAUAUCUCGCCUCAUCUCGCCUUUCGCGCACGUCUCAACGUCUCGACAAUCCAACGACUCGCAUUUCGCACCAACAGCCAGCCUUUGCCCAUCGAGAUCCAGGUCCCGAUCAUCUACGCCGGUGUUAACGGUCUCCUCGACCGCGUCCCCGUCGACAAGAUCGGCGCGUGGGAGGCGUCGUUCAAGGACCACCUCAAGAGCCAGUCGUCGCUUCUCGAGAAGGUCUCGGCCGGAAAGAUGA